CGGCGGCGGCGGCUCUAGCGGAGGCGCCGGGACGGACCGGGCCGGGACCGCCCGCGCGUCCCCCGUCCCCUCCCAGCCCCGGACGGACGGCGGACUGCGGACGCACGGCGAGGUGGUCGUGGCUGCGGCGCCCGCCGCUCUCAGAUAGCUGCCAUCACUCACCCUGGUCUGCUGGGCAUCUUUCCAUCUUGGAUUUGUGUAGAACGCCAAGUUGAAGCAUUUUUGAGCUGGGAAGAAGGCUCCUAGUCCCCAGCCCCAACAAUGUGACUCUUCAGGCCACUUACUGUUUCCCAAGUGGACAUCUGCACUGGUGCAAGCUAGUCACAGAAAGCAAUUAAAAGAAAACAUUGUUUUCCUGAGAAAGCAACGCAAAGAAUAAGAUAAAAAAGAAAGGAAGUUCACCUUGAAAAAAUCCAGAGCACUUUGAAAUUUCAAGGAAACCUUCCAUCACCUGCUGCCGCAGCCACGCUGGGCCUGGGAUGUGGCGAGUGCUUCGCAUGUCAGUGACUGACAACUACUUCGAAGAGCUGCUAUGAUCCACAGGGAGAGUGAGAACUAGCGGAUGAAGACCUUGCCAUGCACUGAAAGUGGAGCAGCAAGCGUGAAGCUCCGUGGAAAAUGUCUGCUUGCAACACCUUCACUGAGCACGUCUGGAAGCCUGGUGAGUGCAAGAACUGCUUCAAGCCCAAGAGCCUGCACCAGCUGCCCCCGGCCGUGGAGGCGGCCCCCCUCCCCCACAGCGCCACCAGGACCAACGCCAACCACAGCAACAAUCACCGCAUCAGGAACACGGGGAACUUCCGGCCCCCUGUGGCCAAAAAGCCCACCAUCGCCGUGAAACCCACCAUGAUGGUGGCCGGCGGGCAGAGCGUGAGCGCCGAGGCCGGCACCCCGGAGCACUGUGAGAACAAGCCAGUGAUCAUCAGCUGGGCCCGAAACCGGGCUUCCCUGAGCAGAAAACCACUGAAUAAUAAUAACAAUGAAGAAGAGACUGAAGGACUCAGCCACGUUCACAGGCCUUUGGGCCCCAACAACAAUGGGAGUAAGAUAGCCGGUAACAAUAACGGACUGACUGAAGUGCUAAAGGAGAUCGUGGGCUUGGAUCCCGCUCCUCAGCACAUGGGAAGCGCAGCGAACUCGAGGGAAACCUUCCUGGGAAGAAUCAGUAACUGCUACAAGCGGUCACUGGAAAGGAAGCUUCCUCCCAGCUGCAUGGUGGGAGCGAUGAAGGACUCUCAGAGUAAGCAUGUGAUUCUGAGUGGUAGCACAGAAGUGAUCAGUAAUGAAGGUGGUCGGUUUUGUUACCCAGAGUUUUCUAGUGAAGAUGAGAGUGAGGACGAUGCAUUUUUUAGCAGUAUGCACGAGGACCAUGAGAGCUGGGAUGAAAGUGAUGAAGAGUUGUUGGCCAUGGAAAUCCGUAUGAGAGGGCAGCCCCGCUUUGCUAACUUCAGGGCGAACACCCUCUCUCCUGUUCGAUUCUUUGUGGGCAAAAAAUGGAACACUGUCCCCAUGAGAAAUAAAUCUCUCCAGAGGAUCUGUGCGGUAGACUAUGAUGAUAGCUACGAUGAAAUCUUAAAUGGUUAUGGGGAAGAUUCUGUAAUCCCUUAUGGGCAGGACAGCACGCAGAGCAUGGUCUCCUCUGAUUCCACGUCCCCCGAGUCGUCCUUAACGGAGGAGUCUCGCUCAGGGACAGCCAGUAGCUCAUCUCAAAAACUCUGCAAUGGAGGGACGUCGCCUGGUAGCCCUAAGGAUGUUAAGGAGACCCAGUCAGUUGAACCAGAUUAUGAAAACUCUGAUAAUCAGCAAGUGAAGGACAGUACCAGUGCUCCAAAAAGCCCAACCCAAGCGUUAGAGACCCACAAGGCAGUGCUUGCUCUCCGAUUAGAAGAGAAGAAUGGCAAGAUUGCUCUUCAGACUGAGAAGCAAGAAGGGAACAGUUCCACAGAUCUGACUGGGCAAGCAGUGACUAUAAACUUGGUGCCUCUGGAAGAACAAGCCAGGCCUUACCGAGUUGUGAAUCUGGAGCAGCCGGUGUGCAAGCCCUACACGAUCGUGGACGUGUCGGCAGCCAUGAGCAGUGAGCACGUGGACAGUCAGACCGAGAGUCCCAAAACCAAAAGCACCUUGUCCACUCCAGAUUCCCCACUGAUGUCUCCCACUUCCACUUCAGCACAGGGAAAUGCUCAUUUCAGAAAAGCCAGUACUAUUCGAUACCAGGAAGUCUGGACAUCUAGUACCAGCCCACGCCAAAAGAUGCCUAAAGUGGAACUGGUCACUGGUGGCACAGGGCCAACUGUCCCUCCACGGAAGAACUCCCAUAAGUCAGCCCCAACUUCACCCACGGCCACAAGUGUUUCUUCAAAAACGAUCCCGGUGAAGUCACCCAAUUUGUCUGAAAUCAAAUUCAAUAGUUACAACAAUGCUGGCAUGCCUCCUUUUCCAAUUAUCAUUCAUGAUGAGCCAACUUAUGCUCGUAGCUCCAAGAAUGCUAUCAAAGUUCCCAUUGUGAUCAAUCCUAAUGCAUAUGACAAUUUAGCCAUCUAUAAAAGUUUUCUGGGAACCAGUGGAGAGCUGUCAAUGAAAGAUAAAACCACAAGCAUAAUAAGCCACACUUAUGAAGAAAUAGAAACAGAGUGCAAAGUAGCAGAAAGUCCUACCAGCAGACCUACUGAUGCUUGUCUAGGUCAGGGGCGGUCUAACAGCACAGAGCACAGGAAGGGCUCUGUGGCCCAGAAGGUCCAGGAGUUUAACAGCUGCCUCGGUAGGGGCCAGCCCUCCCCUCAGAGAAGGCAGAGCUCUGCCCAUGGCUCCCCAGCACGACCCCAAAGAACCACCCAGGAACCUGUAGCCAAGAUUGAAGGUGCUCUGGAGUCGCCAGCACUGGGCAGCAGCAGCCGGGAAAAGGCAAGCACCGUCCUCUCACAGAUCGUCGCUUCUAUCCAGCCUCCACAGUCUCCCCCAGAAACCCCUCCCUUGGGCCUUGAAGCCUGCAGUACAGAGGAGCUGUAUGCCCUCCCUCCAGGGGACGAUACCCCAGCAAGCCCUCCCACAAGGCCGAAAUCUCUUUUUGCUGCCGCCCAGUCCGGCCGCGAGAAUGAAGCCGCCCUGGCCACAGAAAAUGCCAGCGCUCCCACGCACAAGGAGCCUCCUUCCAAGCCUGCCACUUGUCACUCCUCCAAAUACACGGCUGGCAGUCCUACCCCGAGUCCCCAGACCGAACCGGGUCCUCCCUUUCCCCCUCCGCGUUCCACUUCCUCACCGUACCAUGCAAGCAACCUUUUGCAAAGACACUUCAGCCACUGGAGCAAGCCAACCAGCCCCACCAGGUCGACGGAGGCCGAGUGCGUCCUGAGCUCCGAGGGCAGGCGGGCAGCCGACGCCAAGCCCAAGCGCUGGAUAUCGUUUAAGAGUUUCUUCCGCCGUAAGAAGACUGACGAGGAGGAAGACAAAGAGAAAGAGAGAGAGAAGGGCAAGCUGGUGGGCCUCGACGGCACAGUCAUCCACAUGCUUCCCCCACCUCCGGUUCAGCGUCAUCACUGGUUCACCGAGUCCAGAACCGAUCCCAGUGAGAAGCCAUCGAUUGUUUUCAUGUACAGGUGUGACUCUGCCCAGACAGAGCUGAACGUCGACUCAGACAAGCCAGGGGUGGAGCGAGUAGUGAUCUCGGAUAAAAGUGAAAUAGAAGAAAAGUUCCUACAAGAUGCAGAAAAGAAAAAAAGGAAUCAUUCUUCUCCGUCUCAUAUUCCCAAGAAGAUUCUCAGCCACAUCACCAAUAAAGUUACCGAGGGAUUUGGCCCUUCGCGAGUUCCAAGAGCGGCUCCUGUGAAAGAGGGCAGCAAUGAUGCGUCGGGCCUGCCAGCUUUGCCCCCCCACACCCCGGAGAGGGAAGAAGGGAAGGAGGAAGCUUCAGACCCUUCGGACGAGAGCCCUUGUAGUGCCACGUAUAGUAACCUGGGGCAAUCCAGAGCCACCAUGAUCCCCCCUAAGCACCCUCGACAGCCAAAGGGGGCCGUGGACGAUGCCAUUGCUUUUGGGGGAACCACAGAGCAAGAAGUAACCCGCCCUUCCCAAGCCACUCCACCCCCCCUACCAAAGAAGACGAUCUUGAGGGCCAACACGGAGCCUCUUCCCAAAGAUCUGCACAAGUCCCUGGAGAACAGUCUGUGUCUUCUGGCCAACCCCACCUAUGACAUGGAGGCCCACUGGGAUGCCAGCAGUGGCGGCUCCUCCCUUAGCUAUGAGCUCAAGGGCCUGGGGAAUGAGUCCUGCGAUUCGCUAGACAGGCCCCUGCCCAAGGACCGACGUGCCAGCGCCAGAGCCCACAGUGUCUCCAGCCUGACCACUCUGGGCACACGGGAGCGGUUCUGCACCAGCACCGAGUCCCUGACGGGGCGGCGGGCACUGCAGGGCAAGGUGGGCAAGAGCGCCCAGAAGCCGCAGAGAACGGCACUUUACCGAGGCAUUGAGAACCGGGAAGAGGUGGUGGGGAAAAUACGGAGUUUGCACAGUGACGCCCUGAAGAAGCUGGCUCUCAAAUGUGAAGACCUCUUCAUGGCUGGGCAGAAAGACCAGCUCCGUUUUGGGGUGGACAGCUGGUCAGACUUCCGGCUGACCAGCGACAGGCCGUGUUGUGAAGCCGGCGAUGCCGUCUACUACCCGGCCUCCUAUGCCAAAGACCCACUCAGUAGCUAUGCUGUCAAGAUUUGCAAAAGCAAAGCUAAAGAGUCCCAACAGUACUAUCACAGUUUGGCCAUCCGGCAGAGUCUGGCCAUUCAUUUUAAUAUCCAGCAGGACUGUGGCCAUUUCCUGGCUGAAGUCCCCGUCCGUCUUCUUCCCUGGGAAGAUCCCAAUGCCCCUGAGAAGGAAGAUGAGGAAACGGAAGGAGAGGAGGAAGAGGGAAAUGAGCAGCAGAACAAGGACACGUCCCCUGGCGCAGAGUCGGCCCAGAAAGGCAGCUCCGACAGCCAAGGAGGUGCCAGCAAGCAGCGCAGCCACGUGGUGGUCAUCACAAGGGAGGUCCCGUACCUCACCGUGGCAGAUUUUGUGCGGGAAUCUUUAGCCCAGCAUGGAAAAACUCCAGAUACGUACGAGCGCCAGGUGUGCCUGCUUCUCUUACAGCUGUGCUCCGGCCUCGAGCACCUCAAGCCGUAUCACGUCACUCACUGCGACCUACGUCUGGAGAACCUGCUCCUCAUUCACUGCAGGGCAGGUGGAAGCGCCCGGAAGAGCGAGCCCAGCGAGCCCGGCCUGACCGCUGCUUGUCCGACAAGACUCAUCGUGAGUAACUUCUCCCAGGCCAAGCAGAAGAGCCACUUGGUAGACCCAGAGGUCUUUCGGGACCAGUCCCGCCUCGCCCCUGAGAUCAUCACUGCAACACAAUACAAAAAAUGUGAUGAGUUCCAGACUGGCAUCUUAAUCUAUGAAAUGCUGCACCUCCCCAACCCCUUUGAUGAGAACCCAGAGCUGAAGGAGAAGGAGUACACCCGCGCUGACCUCCCCCGGAUCCCAUGCCGCUCCCCCUACUCCUGGGGGCUGCAGCAGCUCGCCAGCUGCCUCCUCAACCCCAACCCUUCGGAGCGGAUCCUCAUAUCCGACGCAAAGGGCAUCCUCCAGUGUCUUCUCUGGGGACCCCGAGAGGACCUGUUCCAGACUCUCCCCAGCCUGGCCAGCCCCAGCCAGAGAGCCGCUGUCCUCCAGAACUGGCUGGACAUCAAGAGGACCCUGCUCAUGAUCAAGUUUGCAGAGAAGUCUUUAGACAGAGAGAGCGGGGUCAGCCUGGAAGACUGGCUCUGUGCUCAGUAUCUGGCCUUUGCCACCACAGACUCGCUCGGGUGCAUCGUGAGCAUCCUUCAACACCGCUAGGGUGUGUGGGAUUUUGGUUCUCAUCAGCGACCCCUGGUCCUCCCUGCACCCAUCCCUGUUCCGCCUUCCCUGAGAAAGUGGCUUACCCACAGCACAGCCAAGGAAAGGAAAGGAAAGGAAGUCUGGCUGUUUGUUCCCAUCCCGGAGCAGAGGAGGUCCAUUUGGCAAGGUCACCUCUAGCCCUCAGUACGGUGGGGAACAGAGUCGGUCUUAAAUUUUCUAGAAAUUAGUCUGCAAGGAUAUGCAGUUGUCUUCCACUUGAAUAUCUCCCAGCCUAAUGUUUCUUUAAUAUAUAGACGAAUGAAAGGAAGAAAACCAUCCCUGAAGGAACAGUUUCCUUGGGUAUGAAUACAAUGAGCUAUGUUUAAAUUCCCCCACAGUUCUGGACAGUCCCUGACUGACUUUGCAGCAUGUAAUAUUUUAUAGCAAUAUACAAAGUUAGCUGAUCUCCAUUAUCAACAGUAGGCUGUCCGAAUAGGUGAUCUUUCUUUUUCUUGUUGAAAUAUCUGUUUGCUAUCCUAGGCAUGUAGAGCUGUGAUCCUCACCCUCAUGAUAGCCUUACGGAGGGCCACAUGGUAUACGGCAGAUGGUGGGGUGGGGCCCAGCCACGUAAGCCUCACCCCAGGGGCUGGCAAGGGCCAAGACUGCAGACCCAUUCUUCCUUCACUGCUCCCAAGCAUAUGUCCUAUGCAGAGGGCAAGCAGAGCCCCCACCCUCCCGUCACCGUCGGCAGCCCCUUCCCCCAUCUAAAAGGGUAAAAGGUCAUCAGCCUCUCGCGGCCCCUCCGUAGAAAAGUGGAUUUUUCUGUUUUUCUGGCAGGUGCCACGGUGGCCUCCCCGGGAUGGGCUGCCCUGUGCUCCUCCAGGCUGGGAGGGGGAACUGAGUCACAAGUGCUGUUUUUAAUGAGCGUCAGAGCUGUCAGCCCUGAUCACAGUUUCUUCCUCUGGCAGUAAUUGGCUAGCUCCCUUCUCCUGGCAGCCCCAGACCGCGCUCCCCGGCAGAGCAGCUGUCAGCUGAACUCCGAGAUGUAUUUAGAGGGAGGGGAGUCGGUGACCCUCAAGGUGUGCCAGCCAGGCAGAGGAGGGAGGGGGGCUGCUCUGUGACCUUCUCCCCCCAGUAUUGGCCUCUUCUCCAUCAGAGCUUCCUCCCCAGACACGAGGCCCCAUACGCAGUAUUACUAGGUUCCAAAUCAUGUCUGAAGUUGCUCAGAAGGCCUGGUGCUGGGAGCGUCUUGGAUCGGGCCGAGGCGGCUGCCACCAAGCCAGUGGCCUUCUUUGCGAGCCUCGGGCUUCUCUCUGAUGGAUAGAUGUGCAAUUCUUGUAUGUAUUUUUUAAGCUGUGUAUUACAGUGUUUACGUUGCAACUUCACCUGAAGCAAGCCCUAAGGAAUCCCUGCCCUUCCUCUCCUGGCACAUAAAUGAGCUUCAGAUAGGAGUGCUUUUUACAUAUGUGUGGAUGUUUGUAUGUUUAUUUCGUUCAAAACUGUGAGUAAUCCGUUUACUUCAGCCUUGAAAACAAAUUAGCCACUUUGACCAUGUGUGCAUGCUGGGACCAGAGACGGGCGAUGCUAAGCGGCCUUGGGGCUCCCAACAUCCGGGGACGGGGCCCCACGGGCCGAGCCCUUGGUUCAUGGGGGCCCAGAUUGAUUGUGCAGUAUUAUAUAGCACAUUAGCGGCCUUGGAAAUAUUUCUGAACUUUGGUGAUUUUUUUAAGCCUUUCCUUUGAUUCACUGGUGUCUGCGAGUGAUCAGGAAAGGAGAAGGAGAAUGUAUUUUGUUACAAUGUUACUUUUUUUUUUUUUUUUGCAAAAAAGACGUUAAAGGGAGUUGGUUGAAGGUGUGCUUCCUUCUGGUGUGUGUCAGUCAUCUCCCCUAGAAAGCCCCUGUUGGGGGCAGGGGGCAUCAGCCUGGCCAUUGUGGGCCGGCCGUUCCAGCCCCAGCGCUGCCCCAGAGGUUAGAGCUGUAAGUUGGGGCACAUUGGCCCUGGCGCACCCGUGCUCCCCAAAGGCCGCUUGCCAUCCUCCUACUCCCCUCCACGAGCUUCAGCUUGUUUAUUUACAGGCCCGUGGCCCCAGGCCAUUCCAGCAGGCACGUCCUCUGGCCACCUGGCCCUUGGCGCUAUUGAGACACCCAUUCCAGGCGUCACUGGUUUGGGCGACUUGCGCAGGGCAUAUUUUGUAGAGUUUCAUGUUUAGUGCACCUGGUCCCUGACCCUUCUUUGACCCUCAGCUUUCCCAUUUCCUUUCUGUUUGUGUGUGUGAUGACUCAGAUUCUGGUCAUUCAUUCUAACUCUGUCGUAGAAUCAAGCAUCUCAUCACCAGAAGGUCGGCCACCAGCGGUAGAUCUUUGUGGCCCCAGAGAGCCUGGGCCAAGGUGCCCCAAGGCUGGGGCCUCCAUGGGGGAAGGGAUCAUGUGGUGAUGAGAUCCCAGAUCCCUGAUACCCUAUCUGUCGAUCUCUCCAGCAUGGACACCUCUCUCUGCCCGUCUCCUGUGGUGUAGUAGCACUGGGAAUACUUAGCACCUGCUCUCAUCUGAUGCGAUGAUCGCCUGUUGUGUUUGUUGGUUGGUUUUGCUUUUGCUUUUUCGGGGUGGGGGGAGAUGGCUACUCUUUCGAGGGGUGAAUGCAGACAGGCCAGGCAGGGCCUGAGACUCCCCAGAGAUGAUUUGCUCGGGGCAGUGCCUUGGGAGGGGAAGAAAGGGAUGAUUCCUUACAAAUAGCCACAUCCAGUGAUCGUCCAAGAAUGUCACUCCAGAAUGAAGUCUUCAGUCUUCAGGAUUGUGGCGAAUAUCUUAAACGCGCCUGAGCUGCAGUGAGCACCUUGAACUCCUCCUCCACCUGGAACGCAGAGCCUGCUCUUGGCCACGUCGGGUAUGAGCACCAAAGCCCUCUCAGUUUUCUGAAGUAAUGACUACAGUUGGCAGUCGACAGUAUUGAUUGGAAAUAGAGAUUUCUUUUUUUGUUUUCCAUUGGAAUACUUUAACUCUGUUCCAGACACUUCCAUCUAUAUCAAGAGAAUUGAAAAAUCAAGCAGCCUUUUGGACACCAUUGAAAGCGAGCAUUUUCAUAAAGCUAGAGAAAGAAAGCCAGAUCUCUGGCCCAUUUGGGUCAGCAGGAGAGCAGGUCCAGGGCUGGAGCUGCCUGGCCAGGGACGGGAAUGAGUGCCUUGUUAGAAUUAAAAUCUACUCUUGAAAGAGAAUUACUGGAAAGUGUACCAAAAUCCUGAGAAGCCUUAAGCAUUUGGUGGGAGGAAGGCAGCCUUUCAGGCAGGUGCUAACUUGGGCCCUAGAGCAAUAAUGGUAGAUCUGGUAGGAAAAGGAGAAAUAGAAAUCUGUGGAAGCCGACCAUAGAUAAGGUCAUCAGGAAGGAGCUCCACCAGGCCCCUGAGCUGAGUUCUCUGGCACUGUGUCUGGGGCCGUGGCUUCAGAAUAUGAAGCUGGUAGGUGUGGAGGAACCCCAGGGCCCCAGAGUUCUCCAGCUGAGCAUCAAACACGUUAUUUAGAGUUUGGGAAAAUAAAUUUCAAUUCAGAAGGAGUGAGGUGAAUCCAUCUUUGCUUCCACACCUCACAUGAGUUGGCAGCCUUGGUAGUGUAAGCUCGGAGACCUGUGUUGGAGAUAUGACAAGAGAUCUCUCAGAGUUCAGUUUGCAAGAAUCUGUUUGGAAAUCCCUGGCUCUAAAGAACUUCCAAAGGGCUUUUGGGUCAAACAGUGAGCAGGGCAGCAGCAGGCUUCCCAGACCUAAGCCAUACGUCACGUGAUGCUGGGAAGUCAUUUGCAACAGGACUUAAAGAAACCUUCAUUCUCCCUCCGCCUCCCUGUCAGAGCUGACAUUCUGCUCAGGCCGAGCAAACGAUCUGUAAAAUAUAGACACAACCACAAGAAAUGUGAUGGGUUUGACGCCUUGGCAUUUGAAAGGAUCCUAAAAGCCUGGGUGGAAGGAGAGGCAUUCCUUCCAUCCCUUUCUUCUUCAUUCUCCUUGCUAAUGGAUAGUUGCUACCUGUACCUUUACAGAGGGAGAAACUGAGACUUACAGAGCUGAGGUUUUUUGCCAGGGUCCCACAGGACAGGGGAUUGAAAAGGGUGGGCUUUAUAAGUAUAAGGUGUUAGAAAGUGUCCAAGUCGGAAUUGGAACCCAGAGCCUCCUGAAACUCUGCUGCCCCGGCUCCAGGAAGCAGGCUCAGCGUAAGGACUAAUUAAUUGUUCCACUUUCUCCCUAUCCAGGCUGUUCAUUUUACCUCAUUCCAGUGAAUACUCUUCAAAUCCCCAAGUGAUCAGCAGCCUUGAAUUCAAAUCGCUGCUCUUAACUGUGCACUGAAAUCCAGCUGGCUGCCCUCAGCAGCCCCCAGGGAAUGUGGGCGGGCCCCAGAACCCAAAGGGGCUAGCAGGGAGGGGCCGGCAUGGCUGACGCCUUAGGGAGAGAAGAUACCAAAGACGUGAAGCCCGUUCACCCUGAUGCUAAGGCAAAGUUUUUGCCUAAGCUAAUGCCAGCGGAGGGGAAUAGACAGACUUUCCACCUCCACCCCUAGAAAAGAUUUUUUCUUUCUUUUUUUUUUUUAAAUAGCAAAGUCAUGUGUUAGGAAAGAAAGAGAAGAAAAACCACCACCACCCUUCCUCCCCCCCCAAAAAAAAAAAACCCAGACUGGGCUGAAUGUAAGGUUCCAAGGAACCUGACUUCUCCCCUUCUCACUUCUCCAGGAAGGGGCAGUCAGGAGCUAUUCCACAGGGCUAAGCUUGUGAAGAAACAGCCCGUCUCUUUGACACUGUAUUUGAAGGAUUUUUUUUUCUUUUUAAUGAUGGUUUCAGUAGGUGGUGUUUUAAAGAAUUCUUGGGAGAUUUCUUUAGUGGAUUGUGAAUGUUUUUAUAAACCUUCCCGCAGAGGUGUUUACCACUCAUCAUUACCAUCAUGUAAUAGUUACUAAGUGCCCAGAAGGAGAAAGGGGCUCGCCAGCUGUCUCACCCUCUUGCCCAGGCCUGUUCGAAAUUAAACCCAGUUUGCUGCUACAGCACUGAGGAAGUGUUCUCCAUCUGAGCUGCCUGCAAUGCUCUCAGCCUUCCCACUUCUGGGCACUGCACCGCUGAGGACAGCCUCCAUGCUAUGGGCCAGCCUCUUUACAUCCAUCCCACCCUCUGUAUUUUUUUAAUCCAAGGUGGUUUCAGGGAUUCAGAGGAUGUUGGAAAUUUUUUUACAUAGAAGAAAUAUAUAGAGAUAUAUAUAGAUAUAUAUUACUAUGAACUUUAUUGUAUUUCAGAAAAUCCACUUUGCCCUUCUUGUGUGUGUGUAUAUGUAUGUGUGUGUGAGGGGAGGAGAGGGGAGGGUUGGAGUGCAUGUGUACCCACACACAGCAUAUAUGCUUGAAUGUUGACCUACCCAAAGAUUUCAGGGUAGACUCUUUGACAGGACAACUCACACCGCUUAUUCAAACAUGAGUAAGUAUCCCCUACCUUGCCAGUUUCAGAAGGUUCUAUCUCUGAGAGUGCUGGGUUAGGAUUCUCUGUUGUUGCCACACAGGGCAUCAGGGCCCUAAGACCACUUGAUAAAAGAGACUCUUUGGCUCUCUGUGGGUUUUGUCCUUGGAAUUUUCUUUCUGGUGACUCUUCCAAGCCUGCCCCUCACUCUGUGGAAGCUUUCUGUUUGGAAAGCUUGUCUCAUUUGCUUUAUCUGAAGCUUCAUCUCUCUGGUCACCCAUUUUAUAGAUGUAUAAAUAUAUAAAUUAAACCUCCCUCUGUCAUUGGGGGGCACUUCUAUGCUCUGGUUUGCUGUGGUACUUUGCUGUGGACGCUGUGGCAUUCAUGUUACUGUGUAAAUAAACUCGUUUUAUUACACUGAAA